GUAUUUUGUUGUUAUUGACGAUAUAUGGGAUGUGGAUACAUGGCAUGUUAUUAAGCUUGCAUUUCCCGUGACUAGUUCUGGAAGUAUCAUAAUCACCACUACCCGUAUAAAUGAAGUUGCUGAAUCAUGCCGUUCAACACCAUUCAGUGGGGAUAUUUAUUGCAUCAGGCCUCUUAAAAUGGUGCACUCUAGGCACUUAUUUUACACAAGACUAUUCAAUGCCCAAGAAAAUUGUCCCUCAUACCUUAAAACAGUUUCUGAGCAUAUUUUGGAAAAAUGUGCUGGGUUGCCUUUGGCAAUCAUUGCUAUAUCCGGUUUGUUGGCUAAUAUUGAAAGGACAGAAGGUCCAUGGAAACAAGUUGAAGAUUCGAUUGGUAGAGCACUUGAAAGAAAUCCCAGUGUUGAAGGAAUGAUGAAGAUACUAUCACUUAGUUACUUUGAACUGCCCGCAUAUCUGAAAUCUUGUCUCUUAUGUUUGAGUAUAUUCCCUGAAGAUUCUGUUAUUAAGAAGAAAGUUCUGAUAAAUAGGUGGAUUGCUGAAAGAUUAAUUCAUACAGAAUCAGGAUAUAGUACUUCAUAUGAGUUUGGAGAAAGGUGUUUUAAUGAGCUAAUCAAUAGGAGUUUGAUCCAACCCGUGAAGACAGGCAGAUACGAUAGGGUCAAGAGUUGUCGACUUCAUGACACAAUUCUUGAUUUCAUCAUAUCCAGAUCCAUCGAAGAAAACUUUGUUACUUUGGUGGGUGUUCCCAGUUUAUCUGUUGGGACACACAACAAAGUUCGUCGGCUCUCCCUGCAAGCCAGCAAGCAAAAAGAACUAAUAGUGCCAAGAGGCUUGGUGUUGUCUCAUGUCCGAUCACUUGAUGUGUUUGGGGAAUCUGUGAAAAUUCCUUCUAUGGAUAAGUUCAGGCAUUUGCGUUUUCUGGACAUUAGAGGUUGCCAACAGCUGGAGAACCAUCAUCUUGAAAAUAUAGGGAUGUUGUUUCAGCUGAGGUACCUGAGCCUCCUAGGAGUGGAGGAAGUAAGUAAGCUCCCGGAACAAAUCGGACAUCUAUGGUGCUUAGAGAUACUGGAGUUAAGAGGCACCUCUGUUUGUGAGUUACCAACAUCUAUUGCCAAGCUCAAGAGACUGGUGCACCUAUUUGUCAACUGCGACGUUACACUUCCAUGUGGAAUUUCCAAGCUGCAAGCACUGGAGAAACUGAAGCUUGUCAGUGUCUACAGCCAGUCAUUUAACUUCCUGCAAGAAUUUGAGCAGCAGCAGAGUCUGAAGGUAUUGGCCCUUGAUUUUGAGUAUUUCCUUGAUUUUGAGGGUUUUAGUUCUGCUGACCAAGUGAACGCUGAAAAUAAGUCCAAGAAAACUAUUAUUGUUGCUUCCCUUAAAAACCUAGGGAACCUUCUCUCUCUAACUGUUUGUGACGGCCCUGAAUUUGUAAGGGAGUCUUUGUGCCCUAUGCCACUUAGGCUCCAGGAGCUGAAAAUCUUCCGUUCUAAUAUUCUUCAUGUUCCAAAUUGGGUGGGCUCCCUUGUCAACCUCCAGGAGUUACGCCUUGAUCUGGUCAGAGUUGAGCAGAAAGAUUUCUAUAUCCUUGGAGGCUUACCUGUUCUGCGUUGUCUGAUUCUGAGAAUUGAUGGAGCGGAAAUUAGAAAUACCUCAUUAACAGAAGAGCCUGAAGUUAUAAGGGUCAUAGUCUGUGGUGAAGUUGGAUUCCCAUGCUUGAGGAUAUUUAUUUUUGAUAGUCAGUGUGCUGUGAUGAAUUUGACCUUUGCGGCUGGAGCCAUGCCCUUGGUAGAUGACCUCUUGAUAGUAUUUAACGCAGAAGAAACUGGGUCUCCCGGUACCAGCGGUGAUUUUGAUCUCGGAAUAGAAAAUCUUCCCAGCCUCAUUAAAAUCAGAUGUAUAUUAUGGGGUAACAGGAACAAUAGAAGCAGAGCUGAGGCUGCAGAAGCUGCCAUUCGGGAAGCGGCCAACGCACAUCCGAACCGCCCUACUCUAUACUUGGUCUGAUAAUGCGUUGCCGGAAUCGAGCUCAGGGAACAAUUCCAAUUAGGCUGCAACUCCAAAUGUUCAUCAUCUGCAUUUCUUCGAUCGAACAAUUCAUCUCUGCUG